AGAAAAUCAUGCAAUCAUUGCAAUCUUUUAGCGGAAACGCGCCCAGAACCUGUUAGUUAACGUCGAAGCAAGGUUGAUUUGUCUGUUGAAAGGAGUUUCAUGUAGCCUGUUGUCAUGGCAGUGAGUUACACUCGGAACAUGUCUAAUUCCAGUCUCACCAGCAUAGAGGCUCGUGAUUUGGAUGAGCGUAAAAGAUGGAAGAAGAAGACAAUCAAAGCAAGAAUCCUAAUUGGAGUUUUAACUGUUAUCUGCAGUAUACUCAUCGUGAUAUUAAUUGUAACCUAUGAGAGUGGUCAUAAAAAUACAGAAUGCACAGAAAAGCAGAAUGGAAAAGCUGUCAAUAACAACAUUAUUAAGUUUGUCCACAUUUCGGAUAUACAUUAUGAUCCUUUUUAUGACAAGAAUACACCCCAAAGAUCUUUUUGCCGACCAGAACUUUCAAAUAGUACAUCAAAUUACACAGCACAAUAUGGAAGGAUUGGCUGUGAUUCACCAAUUGAUCUUGUGGAAAAUUCCUUGGAUGCCAUGCAGAAUGUAAGCAAGAUUGAGAAUGUUAGCUUCAUUUUGUUAACAGGUGACUUGUCAGGUCAUGGCAUGUGGACAUCUUAUGCUGGUCCACAUAAAGUUUUGGAUAACAUCGCUGAAGUUAGUAACAAAGCACAUUCAAGGUUUCCAAAUAUUCCCAUCUUCCCAGUGGUUGGGAAUAAUGAUCUGCCAGGACAUUAUGUUUUACCAAACUCCAGUGACUGGUAUAAAGAGCUUUUGAAUUCUUGGGCUCCAUUGAUUUUGUGCUCCUCAUGCCCCAAUGACAUGACAAAGCCAACUACAAGGACUGUUUUAGAAGAGAGUUUUUUAAAGGGAGGAUACUACAAUGCCAGCAUUGCAGGUGGCAAGAUUGUGUUAUUAGUCUUAAACAGCCUUUACUGGUCUGUAGAAGUGAAUCACAAUCCAGAAAUCCUUCAAAAGGCUGUCCAGCAGUUAACAUGGCUGGAAACCCAGUUAGAAAUUGCAGCAAUGAGAGGAAAAAAGGUGAUACUGGUAUCUCACAUUCCUGCAGGAAUUGAUACUUACGACGGAAAAUCCUACUGGUUCAGUAACUACACAAAUACAUAUGUGAGCCUUGUGGCCAAAAAGUACAGUUACUUAGUGACUGCCCAGUUCUUUGCUCAUACACACAAAGACGAUUUCCGUCUUCAGCUGUCUAUGACAGAAACCGGUGACACUCAGCAAGAAGCACCGAAGUCGUUUGUGCUUCUUGCACCCGCCAUAUCUCCUGUCUACCAUAACAACCCAGCAUUUAGAGUAGUGUCGCUAGAAACAGACCAACUUGUCCUGCUGGAUUACACACAGUACUACAUGGACUUAGUCAUGGCUACAGAAUUCUCAAAUCCGAUUUGGCAACUGGACUACACUUUUAGUCAGAAGUACCCAUCAGAAAAUAAGUUUCUCGACGCCAACAGAAUCUAUGAACUGAAUGAAGAACUUAUAAACCAAACUAGUAACAAGUUCUGGAAGGGAUACGUGUUCUCGCGCGAGACAAACUACCAGCCGGUGCCGUAUUCAAGAUUUCAACUUUUCUGUGGAAUGCGGCUUGUUUACAAAGAGGAUUUCAACAGAUGUAUUGAACAGUAUAAUGUCCCCGGUGGCUAGGGAAAUUUAAUGAUGUUUAAAAUGUUAGGGCAUUUUUAAGAUAAUUUAUAAUUUCAUUGCCUUUUCUUUACUUCCCUCUGAAAUUGGUAAAGAAAACCUGCGCCAUCCUCUGAACAAAUCAGAUGCAAAAUUAAUCGCAAGUUGCCCAAUCGCGUUUUCCCGCGCUCCGGAAAUUGGCUUGAUUUUACUUCGAGUUCUCAUUGGCUCACUCUCAUUUUCGCGCGCUCUGUGAAGUUUGCUUCU